AAUUGCAAAAAGUAAUAUUGAUAAAUGCGCAAAGUGGCGUCGCGUAAGCGCAGCCGGAUCUCGUGUGGGUACGCGCGCACAAGCAUACACACGUACACACACGCACACACAUACACACACGGGCCGAAAAGUACAGAACGCGGUGCGCCCCUGGCGGCGGACCGUGCAAGCGACCCUCGCGGAAAUAAUUAUCGCGAUUUAUGUUAUUUGCAAAUGUGAUCCGGGGGUUUAAUUAAUUAGGCGAUGCCGAGUGGCGGCGAUUAACGGAUCGACGAACGGCGUCCUGGGGAUAGCCGGCUUCGCCGUGAGUGGAGUGCGAGUCCAGCGGUGGCCGCGGCACGGGAAUGGACCUUGCUGAAACUAUGAAGAACAUUGUUGCCAAAGGAAUGCAAACAGAAAUGGGCCCACCAGGCGGAGGUUCAGGUUAUCCAGCUACGCCAAGUAGCGCUGGCUACGUCACGGAGAAGAUGUACAUGUUGUUACAAGCGUAUUUGCAAAAUAAAGGCUGGAAUCCCAGUAUCGAGCUGCUGCAGUGUUUUUCGGAAUUCAAGGACGCCUCCAUGAUGCCAAGUGCUGCUUAUUUACAGAUGAUGGCAUCCAGAGUCGCGUUAGAUUCACAGGGAAGACUAGUUCUCAGAGAAAACGGAAAGAUAAUACUUCCCUAUGAACACUUUGCCAAUGCUGUAAUGUUGAAACACAUGAACGGCCCGCACGGAUUACAUUUGGGCUUGGAGGGUACGGUCAGAGCGGUCAUGGAGUCUUACACCAUUGGGAGAGAGUGUUUCGGAAUGGAGAAGGAAUUUAUCAUAGAAGUCGUGCAGAAUUGCCCCAAUCCUGCUUGUCGUUACUACAAAAAUCAGUUAGAACUCACUCAAAAGAUGGGUCACAUGGCACCGACUUACAUUCAAGAAAACGAAGCAACCGCGUCCCUUUUGCGUACCGGAUUUCCCCAUAGCACAGAUUUCCAGGCAACACUGAGCAGUGCUAAUCCGAAUACGCACAUGGGAGGAGGAUCCGGGGCGGAUUUGCCGGAGAUGAGGAGCGCCGGCAACCAAAUGAAUCUUCAACGUCCUCCAAGCCGUCCAUCAUUGAAUAUUCCACAUCGGCCUGUCUCGCAAGAGAAGAAAGUUUCAUCCGGCAAGCAGCACUACGAAUCUCUAAUAUCUAAUAUACCAAUUUCCGAUCACAAGCUGACGGAUUUUUUACGCAACAAUCUGGACAACUUGGACAAUCUCAGUACACUCGGUUUAGGAAAUUUACAAGGUUUAGGGAAUGCCAAUAAGGACCUAUUAGCGCUGCACAAUGGCGCAUGGCCUCUAGAAGGUGAAAAGGGUUCUCGGUCAUCGUCUUCGAAUUCCGAAGGUGGUCAGGAGAAGAUUGUGCGCGCCUUUGCCGAAGUAAUGAAGAACAUGGCAAGGAUGAAAGCUUGUGUGCGACCGGCAAUGUGCAAGCCGUACGGCAAACAGUCCGAGGCUCUACAAAAAACACUGGUCGAUACAAUACAACUCGUACAAUCGUUGAGAAGCUUCUUGCCACCUCCACACAUACCAGUCUCGAGCUGGAAAAACGAAGAUAAACACCGAUUAGAUCACACCAGUACUUCUUACUUAUCGUCGUUAAAAGCUGGUGCGAUAGAAGAAUUGUGCGAGCAGCGUAAGUUGGACUAAGCAUCGUCUUCGCUUCUUUUUGCGACAGACCAAGUUUCGUCUUUUUUGCGCUCUAUGAUGUUCUAGUCACAAGAUGUUUUAUCGAUUAGCUGGGUGUUUCGUAUUUAAACAACCCGAUGGAUUGCUCAAAAAAAGUUGUUGGCGUUUAGGACUUCAAAUAAUAAGAAAAAACAAAAUGAGUCAUGCGUGGACUGUGAUAAACGUGGGUAGCGAGAAAACAAAACAAAAAAGAAAAACAAAAAAAAAAAGAUUUAUAUGUAGGACUAAAACUCACACACCGCGUCGUCUCUAGGGAUUCUUACUUAUAUAGCUUUAUUUCAUCGCUGUAGCCUGAUUUCGUGUCUCUCGUAAUUGCUCUCGAUCUGCCUAUGGGGCUUAUGUACGUACGUAUUUGGCGACUAACGUGUGUCGACUAAUCCCGCGAUUAUAUUUUCGAUUAUAUUAUAUCAAGAUUCAAAGUCCGAGAGUUGCAGAACACUUCCCGAUCUUCAUUAAGAACGAAAAAUAUAUAUGUAUACACAUAUAUAUUACCGUAUCGAUUUAACAAUUUGCCGCUUGUGUUCGACAAUUACCUGAUUAAUGUGUAAUAUAUAGUAGGAUUUUUUUAUAUACUGUGUACAGAACUGUUACAUAAGUGUAUAAAACUUGAGUCGGAAUGAGGAGCAAAGACUUAAAAAAAAAAAAAAGAAAGAAAUUGGCCUGGGGUACAAAAGCUUUUUGCUACUAAAUAAGAUAUUUAAAGUUCGCGUGACGUUAGGUGAGACUAAAAAAAAAUGUGAGAGAUGGGAGGACAGUUUCUCCCCUGUUUGCUGAACUCCGAACCCCGAAUAUAUUUUUGUUUUCGUGCUAUUGUGCUUUUAACUGUUUGUUAGAUAUAUAACAUUUGUUCUUUGACUUUGAAUUAACAUAAGAGAGAAAGAGACAAGUUAUCUUCUCGAGCAAAAGACUUGCUUGUGUUGCGUGUGUUCACUUUAUAUGUGUAUAUAUUUUCUCAAAAAAAGAUAUAUAUAUAGAUAUACGUUAUUAUUUAUUUUUAAGGUUAGAACGCGCAAGCAUAUCGUUGUAUUUCCGGUAUAGUGUUCGCUUUUUAACGAGUGUUAAAAAAAAAAAAAAAGGGACUUUGCUGUAAUUAUAUCGUAAGCUCCAUGGGCAGUGUAUGCGGUGUGCACGUAAAAAGGAAGAAAAAAAGUCAUCGGUCAAUUCAUAGGUAUUUUUUAAGGAAAAAAAAGAUUAUUUCUUACUACAUAAAUAUAUAUAUAUACAAAAAAAAGUAAAAAAGAAACGAACGAAAUGGUUACGUCAUUAGAGGAUUCUCGAGGUGUGAUCCACACUGACGCUCAAAGACUUUUCACCGUGCACCUAACUGAUUAUUACGCCGAAGCGCUUUUACUCUUGCAAAAAAAAAAAAAAAAAAACAAAAAUAGGAAAAUUAGGGGUCUAACGUUUGUGAUUGCGUCUCAAACAAAUGCCCCCGGCAUAUCGUCUCAGCUGCGGGAGUAAAACCGUUUCCUCGAUUGUUAUAUAUAUACAUACAUAUAUAUAUAUAUAUAUAUAAACAACACACACGCGUAUAAGCGAUAUAUGGUAAAAUGUUUCCUUCUUUCUCAAGACGAUGUAAAGUUACACACAGGAGGUAUUCGCCUCCGAGUAUAAAAAGAAAAACGAAUGUCGUGUUUUUUGUGCGCGCCGCGCAGAAUUAAACCGGCGCCUCGAAUGUAUGUGUGUGGGCUGUGCUUUUACGGACUGCGUAUGCGUGAGCUUUGAGAAAAUGGAGAGAGGAUCUCUCUCUCGGCAAUCGGAGAUAAACAAAAUUUUAUAUGAAUGCGUGUGAAUGUGUUGAAAAUGUCUUUCUAUAACAUAUGUAUCUGUUAUAAAUAUAACUUACACACGUAUAUGCAGCGAAUGUGCCGAUCGAUUACCAAUUAGGAGUCGGAUUUGAAACUGUGUUAAAAAAACUUUAUCGAUUCAACAUUUCUUUCGUUUUCUGUUAUCUGUUGGUUGUUUUUUUUUUUUAUUUUAUUGUAAAUCUGUUGCAGUUAUCGGAAGCAGAGGAAUGCGCGCACAGAGAGACAAUGACAAUUAGGAAGUCUGGGAUAGCCUUCUCAGAGUUUUUUGGGUUUUUUUUUAUUUUAUUUUUAUUGUUUCUUUUUUUAUAAAUAAUGACUUUCAAUCGAACGCAUAUCCGGCUUCUACAGCGACUGCGUUUUUGUUGACAUACAUAUAUAUUAUAUAUGUAUAUAUAUAUAUAUGUAUAUAUAUAUAUAUAUUACAAGGCUGCUGCAAUAUGGUUCAUAAUUCGACGAUAACUUGUUGCACACCAAAGUGUAUUUCCAGUAACUAGAUGGACUUAUUUCUUAUAGUAGUUAUUAUUAAGUAAAAAAAAAGAAAAAGAAAAAAAAAGAAAAACAAACGUAUCGCCGUUUGUCUCGCCGUCGUCGGUCGUGUGUGGCCAACGACGAUUAAGCAUAUCCAUGACGUAAGUCGCUGCAAUUUAUGCCAAAAAAAAAAAAAAAAAAAAAAAGGGAGCGCGG